AUGAUACCGAUUGGAGAGACCCAAGAUGGCCGUGCUGAUAUGACCAAUUUUGAGAUGGACUUGUUUGAUACAAAGAUAAAUUCAUAUGCUCUGGAAAAGGAAGAAAAUGAACAAUGUUGUCAACACAGUAUUAUCAAACCAGCAUGUAUUCCAGUAUCGGUCAUAUCGCUAUUUAUAUUUUUAAUUGUAUUUUUCCCAUUAUUCAAUGAAGAUGGCUUUGAUAUGACAUCCAUCCGUUACGAUCGAAAUGGUCGUUGUACCGAUCAAGUGCAGUUAGUUGAAACUAUACCAGCGGUUCUGGUUUUUGACAAUAGUAGCCGUACGAAUUCCUACGAAGUGUGGAAACAAUUAUUGGAUAAUGCACAAAUUUCGAUUGAUAUUGCAUCUUUCUACUGGAAUCUUCGAGAUCCUGCAGCUCAUUCAACCUCUUGGCAGGGAAAUGAUACAUUCGAAAGAUUUAUCAGAGCCGCUAAGCGUGAUGUUCGGAUAAAAAUAGUACAAAAUCAACCAACGGCAGCAUUUCCACAGUUCGAUUCGGACUAUUUUGCUGAGAAUGGUUAUGCAACUGUACGGAAUUUGGAUAUGCCAAAACUGAUGGAUGAUAAUGGGGUUCUUCAUGCCAAAUUCUGGAUUGUUGAUUCUCGUCAUGUUUACAUUGGAUCAGCUAAUAUGGAUUGGAAAUCUCUUACAGAGGUCAAAGAAUUAGGCGUUGUAAUUUGGAAUUGCACGUGCAUAGCAAAUGAUUUGUAUAAAAUUUUCACUAUUUAUUGGCGUCUUGGAGUGAAAGAAGCAAAAAUUCCUUAUAAAUGGCCAUUGAAUUUAAGAACUUACUUUAAUUUCUCUCAUCCACUUAGACUUCUCAGUGCUAAAGACACCAGUACAUUCAUAUCGAGUUCUCCUCGUCAAUUCAAUGCGAAAGGACGUGAAGAAGAUGGUGAUGCUAUCGUUGCAAUGAUGGAUGAUGCACAUGAAUUUGUCCAUAUAUCAGUGAUGGAUUAUAUGCCUGCAACCAUUUAUAGAACUACUAGCAAUAAUGUAUAUUGGCCGAAAUUAGACAAUGCAAUACGUGCAACCGCUUAUCGUGGAAUAAAUGUUCGGUUGCUGGUGAGUCAUUGGAAAUAUUCUCGACCCGAAAUGAUUCAUUUUUUGAAAUCAUUGCUUGAAAUUAAUGGUGGUGUGCCAAGAAGAGCAAACCAUUCUGGGAAAAUCGAAGUGAAGUUAUUUACGAUUCCAAUGGAUCCAUCUCACGAAGAAAUCCCACAUGCUCGUGUAAAUCAUAAUAAAUAUAUGGUUACUGAGAAGAUCGCUUAUUUUGGCACAUCGAACUGGGCUGGUGAUUACUUCAUCAGCACUGCUGGUGUUGGAAUUUCUUUCAUCUCGCCAACAAUUGUUAAUUCGUUAAAUGAAAUUUUCAUGAGAGAUUGGACAUCUAAGUAUGCUAAAACUAUUAGGGAAUUUU